CAGUGUGCCAUGUUAACAAUUAACGAUGUAAACAAAUUUAUAAACGAUAAUAUCAAUUUAACCGCACAAUUUAAUAAUUUACUGUACAGAAGUUUUUAAAUCUCAAGCAAGAUGUUUAAUAAAAAAAGACCAAAUUCUUCGGAUAAGCAAGGCAAUUUAAACAAAAAAUUUAAAGUUGAAGAUGAUGAACAAUUACUGUUUGAAAAUGAUCUUGCAAUUAUGGAAGAAAUGGACAAAGAACUUGAAUCCUCACCAGAUCUAUUGGGCGAGGGUCCUGACCAAGAAGACUCCAGUGCUUUGUGGAGUAGACCUGCAAUGAAAGAAAUUAAUCCAGUUACUGAAUCUUUAGCUUUUCAACAACUUACUAUUGACAAUUAUAUUGGAGAACCAAUAAAAGGAAUGAGUGGUGCACAAACUGGCUUAGUUCCCAUUACUCGAAUGUUUGGAAUUACCAUGGAUGGUAAUUCUGUAUGCUGUAAUGUGCAUGGGUAUUCUCCAUACUUUUAUACUAGCGCUCCUGAAGGAUUUGGUCCUGAACAUUGUAAAGAGUUUAAAACCCGUUUAAACGCAGUUGUUUUAAGUGAUAUGCGUGGAAAUCAAAAUAGAGUGCAGGAACCCGUUCUCAUGGUUGAAAUAGUUCAAAAGAUAAACCUUUAUGGUUAUCAUGGCGAAGAAUUUGAAAAAUAUUUAAAAAUAACUAUGGCUUUACCAAAAUUGGUACCUGCAGCAAAAAGACUUCUGGAAAAAGAAACAGUAUUACCUACAUUUUCUGGACAUAAUUAUAGAAUGUUUGAAACUAAUGUUGAUUAUGAUAUGCGAUUUAUGGUAGAUUUAAAAAUUGUUGGUUGUAGCUGGAUCGAACUUCCUGCAGGCUCUUACACAAUACGUGAUUCCAAUUCAAAAUUAAAAGGACAAUCUAGAUGUCAAUUUGAGGUAGAUGUUGGUUGGCAAAAAAUAAUAGCUCAUGCUCCAGAGGGUGAGUGGAGCAAAGUUGCACCUUUUCGAAUUCUCAGCUUUGAUAUUGAAUGUGCUGGCCGUAAAGGUAUAUUUCCCGAAGCAGACAAAGAUCCUGUUAUACAAAUAGCUAAUAUGGUACAAAUAGAAAACAAAAGAUUAAUUAGAAAUGUGUUUACAUUGAAUACAUGUGCACCCAUAGUUGGCAGUCAAGUUAUAAGUUGUGAAAAAGAAAAUAAUAUGCUUGAAAAAUGGGCUGCAUUUGUUCGAGAAUGUGAUCCUGACAUUAUUACUGGUUAUAAUAUUAAUAAUUUUGAUUUACCUUAUUUGUUGAAUCGUGCAAAACAUUUGCAAACAAAGAAUUUCAAUUUCUUGGGACGCAUCAAAAAUAUACAAUCUAUUAUAAGAGAACAAGUUAUUCAAAGUAAACAAAUGGGCCGACGAGAAAAUAAAAGUGUUAAUAUUGACGGAAGAGUUCCUUUUGAUUUAUACUUGGUAUUAGUGCGAGACUAUAAGUUACGGUCAUAUUCAUUAAACUCUGUCAGUUAUCAUUUUUUACAAGAACAAAAAGAAGAUGUCCAUCACAGUAUUAUAACAGAUUUACAAAAUGGCACACCACAAACAAGACGUCGUCUAGCAGUGUACUGUUUAAAAGAUGCAUUCCUUCCAUUGAAACUAUUAGAUAAACUUAUGUGUUUAAUUAAUUACAUGGAAAUGGCCAGAGUAACUGGUGUUCCAUUAGGAAGUCUUUUAACUGGAGGUCAGCAGGCUAAAGUUGUAUCUCAAUUACUUCGUCUUGCACAAGAAAAAAAUUAUAUAAUGCCUACUAUGGCUGGUGGUAUGCAAGAUGAACAAUUUGAAGGAGCGACUGUAAUUGAACCUAUUAAAGGUUAUUAUGCUGACCCAAUCGCUACAUUAGAUUUCACUUCUUUGUAUCCAAGUAUUAUGAUGGCUCAUAAUUUAUGUUAUACUACACUUUUGACUCAAAAAACAAUAAAUCUUUUAAACUUGUCUGAAAGUGAUUAUACUAAAACUCCUUCUGGUAGUUACUUUUUGUCUAAAUCCAUACGAAAGGGACUAUUACCUGAAAUUUUAGAAAAUUUAUUAUCUGCACGUAAAAAAGCAAAAACAGAUUUGAAGUCCGAAACUGAUCCUUUCAAAAAAAAAGUCUUAGAUGGUCGGCAAUUGGCUUUAAAAAUUAGUGCAAAUUCAGUAUAUGGGUUUACUGGAGCUCAAGUAGGUAAGUUACCAUGUUUAGAAAUAUCAACAAGUGUUACCUCAUAUGGUAGAAUGAUGAUUGAACGUACUAAGCAAGAGGUUGAACAAAAAUAUUGCAUAGCAAAUGGUUAUGAACAUGACGCUGUAGUUAUUUAUGGAGACACCGAUUCUGUUAUGGUAAAAUUUGGAGUGAAGUCUAUUGAGAAAGCAAUGGAAUUGGGACGUGAAGCUGCUGAAUAUGUAACAACAAAAUUUAUAAAUCCUAUUAAAUUAGAUUUUGAAAAAGUUUAUUUUCCUUAUUUAUUAAUUAAUAAAAAACGUUAUGCUGGCCUUUAUUUUACAAGACCUGACAAAUAUGACAAGAUGGACUGUAAGGGAUUAGAGACAGUACGCAGAGAUAAUUCACCUUUAGUAUCUAACAUGAUUAACACCUGUUUGCAAAAAUUGCUUAUUGAUAGAGAUCCCGAUGGUGCAGUUGCCUAUGCAAAAGAAGUUAUUAGUGAUUUGUUAUGCAAUCGAAUUGACAUAUCACAGUUGGUAAUUACAAAGGAGUUGACCAAAAAUGAUUACACUGCAAAACAAGCUCAUGUGGAGUUAUCUAUUAAGAUGAAAAAAAGAGAUCCCGGAAAUGCACCAAAGUUAGGUGACCGUAUACCAUAUAUUCUAAUUACAGGUACUAAGGGUACUCCAGCAUAUCAACGAGCAGAAGAUCCGAUAUUUGUUUUAGAAAACAAUAUACCUAUUGAUUUUAACUAUUAUUUGGAAAAUCAACUGUCAAAACCUUUGGUCCGAAUUUUUUCUCCUAUCCUCGGAGACAAAGCAGAAUCUGUAUUAUUGAAAGGUGAUCAUACACGAAAAAAAGCCAUGGUAACAUCUAAAGUGAGUGCAUUAUCAGCUUUCACAAAAAAAAAAGAAGUUUGUCUGGGGUGUAAAAGUGUACUGCCUACUAAUGAAGAGAAAAAUGCUUUAUGCAAAUAUUGUAUGCCUAAACAAGGUGAGCUAUAUUAUCAAGAACGAGUUAAAGUGAAUGAUCUACAGGAAAAGUUUUGCCGGUUAUGGACCGAGUGUCAACGUUGUCAAGGAAGUUUACACGAAGAAGUCAUUUGCACUAGUAGAGAUUGUCCAAUAUUUUAUUUAAGGAAAAAAGUUCAGAUUGACUUAACUGCUCAGGUGAAAACAAUGGACCGAUUUGGAAACCCAAAUAAUAAAUAGAAUCAUAAUAUUUUUUUUUUACAUUUGUUCUUAAGAUUUUAUUAUUAUUUUGUUAAAAAGAA